AUGGCUGAUUUGCGACAACAGUCCCUUGCGAAUAUGAUCUCUACAACCGUGGAACGACUACGCCAGAGGAACCUCACAUGUGUUCGGGUUAUCGAGCAUGACUGUUGUAUUCCCGGGCUACUUCACGCGUUCGUCCAGUUUGACAAUGACGGGACUCACCUCCAGAAACUGUGUGUCCGCCUCCGCUGGGACUUUGAGCUGUUGUGCCAGAUCGCGACGGAGUGGGAGGCACGAAACAGCAGCGAUGCGAGCAUGUUUGGAUUCGAUUCCACCAUCUUCUUCUGCGAGGCUGUGUGGGGAGUCGAGACGUGUCGACGCAGCCAGUGGACGUCGAGUAUCCAGCUGAAAUAUGCCGAAGCAUUCAAUCAGGUGUACCGAGAUGUCAGGAGCUGUCUCCACCCCAAGAACACCAGAGGGAACGGCGAGGACUUGUUUACGACUGUGCACGUCUUCGAAGCACAGUCUAGAAACAGCAUCACAUAUCAAGUCAGUGAUAACAUCUAG